UGUCCAUGCGCGAGGAAGACUUUUCACGUGUUGCGAGCUGGUUGCGAGCUGGUUGCGAGCAUACACAGUGUUUGCGAGGGUUAGCUGGUGUUGCUUGCCAAUUCAUGCUGAAGUAUAAAACAAAUCUUUCAUAAUAUAUUUUUUUGCGAUAGUUUAACGACUAACGGGUUGGAGAGUCGUCCGUUGGGAUCUCUAUAAAUUAACUUAACGAUGGCAAAAGAUAAGACUGCAGUUAAAGACAAAAAACGAGAUAAGGGAAAGAAGCGAAGCCCUGAGGAGGUGACCAAGGUGCUGUCCAUGGAUGAGGAGGUCAUGAACAGGGAAGGGGAGCCCAGUUCCGCCAAGAGAAAGAAAAAGAGAAAAGAGGUGGUCGAGGAAGAUCAUGUGCAAAGUGACGUCAUUGAGAGUGAAGUGAAGAUAGAAACAGGAGAAAAGAAGAAAAAGAAAAAGAAGAAAAGCUCCAGUGACAUCAGUGAAGACACAGAGUCAAUCAUCAUAGUGGACCUCACUGAAAUAGAGGAGCAGCCUGCAGAUGCUGAGGUGAAGGAGGAGGAGAAGAAGAAGAAAAAGAAAAAGAAGAAAAGCUCCAGUGACAUCAGUGAAGACACAGAGUCAAUCAUCAUAGUGGACCUCACUGAAAUAGAGGAGCAGCCUGCAGAUGCUGAGGUGAAGGAGGAGGAGAAGAAGAAGAAAAAGAAAAAGAAAUCGCAAAGUAAAGAGGACAUCAAUUCUGAAGAGGGUGUACCACCAGACUGUGAAGGUGGAAAGAAGAAAAAGAAUGGGGAGGCAUUAACAACGGUAAAGGAUUGUGACAUUUCUGCCUUUGACUCUGCAGAGAAAGACUCGGUGGAAACACCAAAAAAGACGAAGAAAAAGAAAAAAAGAUUAGCUGACGAAAAUAACGGUGGCAUUGAAGGGAAUGGGUUUGAGAACGGGGAGGCAUUUACAACUGUAAAGGAUUGUGACAUUUCUGCCUUUGACUCUGCAGAGAAAGCCUCGGUGGAAACACCAAAAAAGACGAAGAAAAAGAAAAAAAGAUUAGCUGACGAGAAUAACGGUGGCAUCGAAGAGAAUGGGUCUGAGAACACUAAUAGACAGAAGGCAGAUAUUGAGGGAGAGGUCACUGUUGAAGAACGAAAGAAAGAAAAGAAGAAGAAGAAAAAACAGGAGAGCCUAGAAGAAGAUGCAUGCAUAACAACAGAACACAAGAAAGAGAAAAAGAAAAAGAAAGACAGCAGUCAUGUGAAGGAUAUGGCUAACACUGCCACAGAAUCCCAACUAGAAACACUAGAAGAGAAAAACAUGGAUGGCAAGACAAAAAAGGGCAAAAAGAAAACAGAUAUCUCUGAAGCGCAUGAGCUACAGAACAACAUGCAAGGGGAAAAGAAAAAACAGAAAAAGAAAAAGGCUGAAGAAGUGGAACCAACUCAACAGCUUGUUGACGAAGAGAAGGACAAGGGAGACGCCACUGAAGCUGUAAAUCAGAAGAAGAGGAAAAAGAGCAAAAAUGAUUCUUCAAAGACGUGUAUAGAAGUGGAGACACCAACACCGAAGAAGAAAAAGAACAUAUCUGAAGAGAGCACUCCAGCAAAGACGAUCAAGGAGGAAAAGAAUCAGUCAGUAGAGGAACAUCAAGAGGUGACUGAAGUGGUCUUUUUGUCAGAGAAGCCUGGUAACUCGGAUGAAAUUUUGAUUGACCAGGUAUCUGCUGAGGGACAAAAGGAACGACGGUUGGCCCUUCAAAGAGAAAUUGACCAGGAAUCACAGCCAAAAUCAACUUUUGGACAGUGGGGCAGUGCCACUUUUGACAGUUCAGACAAACAGCAGAAGUUCUUGCGACUGAUGGGCGGCUUCAAGAAAGGCAAUCAGCCAGCUGCAUCGGGUGUUGGACGGCCAAACAUGGCAUUGGGGAAGGAGGAACAACAGAGCUUGCAACAGAAACUCCUGGGACAGUUUGAGUGUGCGCAAAAUCGUAGAAUGGACUUCACGAACAAAGGAGCAGGACUUGGAUUCACCGCGCCAAGCAAUAAGAAGUUUUCCAUCGAUGUGAAUUCCAGCCGCUCAAUUAAAUUUGAUGACUGACUAUGCUCAGGUGUCCGUCCAUUCGGUUUGAUGGGACUGAAAUGUAACUCUGGGUCAAGAUGACCUGAUGUUUUCCUGGCUGACAGAAAACAAGAAAGGUCCUUGCUAAAGAGGAGAUAUUUGUACUGCACGUCAAGUAAUGGGGUCUUGUCAGUCUGGGCUGUUGACACAGUUGUGAAGCAGGCCUUGGCAGGCGUCUCAGGAAUCCUUAUUAGCUACAUGAGCCUAGUUCUUAUGGACUCCCGGCUACAUCGAGAGGACAUUCUUUUGAGUGCAGUGGCAAUAUGUUGUAUGACUGAAUUGUAAUGAAUAUUAUGAAUUGUAUGUGUUUGUAAUUAAUACAGUUCUGUAAAAUCA